AUGACUAUUGGAAAUAAUCAAAUUGGAUUAGAGGAUUUAUCUAAAAUAGAAAAAUUUAGUCAAGAAGAUGAUCAAUUGAAAGCAAAAACCUUGAUUGAUUCAGAUGGGUUCAAUCCAUCGAGUUUAGAAUAUUACUCUUCAACAUCGGAUUCUUCUGCAAAAUCAUCUCCGCAACUUACAACCUUUAUUAAUGAUACAGAUGAAAAAAUAACACCUUUUGGUGAGCCUUUGCCAAUACCAGUUCUCGAGGAACCGAUCAAUCAUGAUGUAGAAAAGAAGAAAGUAGUACAAAAGAGGCUUCUUGGUAUAAUAAUUGUAAUUUCAAUUACAGUUUUAUAUUCUGCCAUCAGCGAGUUAAAUCAAUAUAUUCUUUCAGGAAGUUAUAAUAAACCAUAUUUCCUUGUUUAUUAUAAUACAUUUUUCUUACUUAUUGCUUUUCCUAUUGAGUUUGGUUUAUUAAAGAGACAACAAAUUAAAGAUAGAAAAGCUAAGAUGUUAUCAAAUCAAUAUAAUAAUCUUAAUUCCGAUUAUAAUGAUAACGCUGAGCCAAGUGUAAUGGAUCUAUAUAAACAAGAGUUUAUUAAAUCGAAAUUCUCAUUUAAGAGAAUGAUGGUUGUAUCCUUUGUAAUGAGUCUUCUAUAUGUUGGUUUAAAUUGGAUUUGGUCAUUGGGAUUACCAUUAACUGAAGUUAGUACAUCAAGUGCACUCUAUCAAUCGGCAACUGUUUGGGUAUUCAUUUUUUCAAUUGUAAUUUUAAAAGAAAGACCUACUCUUUUGAAAUGUAUAUCAACUGGUUUAUUUAUUGCUGGUGUCAUUGGAAUUACUUUGGCAGAUAAGAGUUCAUCGGAUUCCGCAUAUCCUAAAGCAGUAUUGGGUGACAUUCUAAUGAUUGUAUCAGCUUUUCUCUGGGCAAUGUACGAGGUUUUUACCACCAAGUUUGUUGGUGAUGUUCCAAGAACUCUGGUAAAUACAUACAUUGGUUUCAUUGCAGUGUGGAGUACUCUUUUCGGUAUUCCAAUGUUAAUCAUACUCAGUGUCACUGGAUUUGAAUCAUGGGUAACACCGGAUCUCAAAACAUUUGGUUUCAUAACAUUGAGUGCUUUGGUAGCAUGUAUGUUGAAUUACCUCAUUAAUUGGGGUCUCUCUGUAACCUCACCUUUGUUUGUCAGAUCCGGAGAAUUGAUGACCAUCCCAACAACUUUGGUAUUCGACAUCAUUGUUAAACAUGUUCACUUCCCAUUGGUAGCAAUCCCAGGUUUCUUGUGUAUUGUUGCUGGAUUCGUCUUGAUGCUUUAUAUCGAAAACAAGCAUAUGAAAUCCUUGGAAACAAAAGACAUCAAAGAAGAGAAUGCCAGUACAUCCAUUUCCGAAAACACCACCAAUCAACCAUAA